ACUCCCAUUUCCAUUCAUCAUCAGCUCCUCUGCUAUCUACCUCUAUCACUUCAGCAUAAUAAUCAUGUUCUCUCGCAUCUCCGCCGUCUCCUUCACCCUCUUGUUCGCUCUCCUUGCGGUCGCCACUCCUGACACCACCACCAAUCAGUGCAACACGGGUUCUAUCUCUUGCUGCCAAAGCACAAAAAGUGCAUCUGAUGCUGGAGUGAUCGAUAUGCUCACAGCUGUUGGUAUCUCCCUCAAGGGUGUCGUGGGCGACGUCGGUUUCCAAUGCUCUCCCAUCACUGGUGUUGGAGCUGGAGGCGGAAGUAGCUGCAACCAAGAGCCUGUUUGCUGCACAGACAACCACUUCGAUGGGUUGAUCAAUGUUGGAUGCUCGCCUAUCAACAUCAACCUUUAGAGAUGCAUGUUUGAGGUCUGACUAUAGAAUGUGGUGGGGACUGGGAUGUUAUGGUUCUACUUACCUUAGAAUACAUUCACAUGUUUGUUUGGUAAUUGAGAGUUGUUGAUUUCC